AUGCGGGAAAUCCAGGAGGCUCAAAAAGAGCAACGGGCGGCGUUGGAAAUGCUGACGAAACAACUCUCUCAAGUUGCAGUAUCGUUGGGCAAGUUAAAGGGAAAUGAAGCCACUAUACAACCACCUGGUCAUGAGAAUAUUAGUGAAGUAUCCCUGCGGUCAGGGAAGGUCUACCAAGGCCCCAGCCAUCCUGCGAUAUCACCACCAACUGAUUCUGGACCAAGCCGUGAGGAAGAGGGAAAAUCCAGUAUAUGUGGUCAAGUGGAAGAAAGAGGCAAGGAAAAGGUGGGAGGAGAGGCCUUGGAAGGAGGUCAGAAGGAAGAAACUGAAAUGGUUAAGCCUUAUCCGUACCGUGGAAUGGUGACAAGAAAAAAAGAUGUCACAAUCGAUGUGGCAAGCAUGUUCAAGGACAUGGAUGUAAAGGUACCGCUCUUAACGGCGUUAAAAAUGCCCCCAAUCAGUAAGUUCAUUAAAGACUACCUGGCAGGAAAGGUCAAUGAGGAAGGGAGACUGAUUACAGAUGAGAACGUCUCUGCCAUAAUCCAGAGAAGUGACCUCCCCUCCAAGAAAACUGAUCCAGGAAUGUUCACACUCCCAAUUUCAAUCGGAGACAUUCAGGUAGAGCACGCCAUGUGCGACUUGGGGGCAUCUAUCAACGUUCUGCCAUACUCCAUCUAUUGGAAGCUGGGAGAGGCCAAGCUAGUCGACACGGAUAUAAUGAUAUAG